CUCAAUGACCGCCUCGGCCCGGAGAUAGCGAGAAUAUCUGCUGAUCGUCUGGGCAGAGCCCCUCCUCCCCGAAAGGAUCCCAACGUUGGCUGACCCAAGAGCAUAAAGGAUGUGUACCAGUACGACACCAGCGACACCGCCGAAAGGAGGGAAUGUCGUGGUGGUCACUGUUGUGAAAAGUGAACUCGAGCUGGGCUUUCAUUUACCUCUCUUGCGAGGAUGUAUGUCGUCAAAGCCGGACUCCGACUCUCGAAACUACACAAUAUAGUUCCUCACCAAAGUCGACAAAGCAGCACGAACGACGGUCGUGCUGAUAUCAUGAGUAAAUCGGAGGGACAAAUUUCGCAGGACGAAAUACAGUCUGUCAAAGAUUCAAGACAUAGGCAUAUGUGGUACAAAUCGUGGAUCCUCCUCCCCAUCCUCGCCACGACAGUAUGGUUUGCCGGCCUCACAUCGCUGCUGGGACUAUGGAUCAGUCAAGGACGGCCGCGAUAUGAUGAGAAUGUUGCGGAUGUGGCGUUCAUAAGUGAUAUCGGAGGAGCCAACGAGGCGUUAUUCUUGGCCAUUUGUAUAUUUACAGACAUAUUGUAUUUUUCAUCUGUAUGUGCCAUCCGGUGUUUGAGACACAAACGAGACCUUCCAGAGCAUAUUGGAAAGUGGGAGAACAUACUUGGGUGGCUGGCGGUGGUGUUUUGUUUUAUCGGAUGCGCUGGUCUUUUCACCCUAGCCAAAUGGAACGCGUACGACUAUACAACAGUCCACUGGGACGGGACGUUGAUAUUCAUCAUCGGUACCGGCAGCUCUGCCUUCUGUCAAACCGCCGAAGUGUGGCUUCUCAGGAAAGGUCAUAAACACCGCAAACAUCUUCCUAGAAACGCAUGGUUCAAACUCUUUAUCGUCAGCGCCGACAUCAUUCUCGCGGCUGCUUUUGGUGCAACAUACCUCUACUGCGGUGGCAGAGCAACUGCAUACAACGACCACACAGCAGACCAAUGCAAUUCAACGUCAUCAAAAGCAGCGGUCUUGGAAUGGACGAUCGCGUACGGGUUGAACCUAUACUUUUUGACAUUUGUGAUUGAUCUGUGGCCCGCUGGCAAAAUCAAACAGCCACCUGAAAAAGAAGAAGAGAGUGUUUGACUUGUCAGGCAAUCAGCAAAAUGGACGAAAAAUGCCGAGCGUUGUGAUUACAAUUCAG